GAGACACUCUGACAUUGACGUUCUUCGUUUUACAGCGUUUCGAGAGUGGUCUUUACAGACGAAGAAUCGAACAUUUUCCACUGUUCAUCUUCUUUGUUGGAAAUGAGUGAUGAAAAAGAUUCCAGCCAAGUCGAAGAAGAGGAGGUUGCCGAAGAUGGGGACCAAGAACUGUUUUCCUGCAAAUACUGCGAUUUUCAAACUCUUGAUGUCGACCACCUUGAUGAUCACAUCGUGAUACACGAGGAGGCUUUUUUGGAAGACGAACUCGACUCAGACGGUGAAAGCGAUGUCAGCGACAGUAGCUUCAAUCAAUCAAAGGAGUCUCCAGUCAAAUACAGCAUUAAACCAUCUAAACAAAAACUGCCUGCCUACUUCAAUGAAUAUGCUUCUCUUGCAAACAAGAAGGUUUUUGUUUGUGCAUAUUGCGGCUAUCAAACGAUGAAGAAAGCGGACUUGGACAGACAUGUAGAAAAUCAUCGAGAACCAGUGGAACUGCCUGUUUACACUUGCAGUGAAUGCCCUUACACAACGAGAAGGAAGUGCGAUAUGCCCAAACAUUUGUUAACUCAUUGUGAUGUCGGCACAGUUCCAAUGCAUAACUGUGACAAGUGCUCUUAUUCAACCAAGCGAAAAGGAGACCUGAGCAAACACAUGGUGCUACAUACUGAGGCAGCCACUCUUUACACAUGCGACCAAUGCGAUUAUUAUUCCAAAAGGCAAGGAGACUUGAAGAAACAUUUAGUCUGCCAUGGAUUGAAGCAAAACGAUUUGUUUCACUGCAGCGAGUGCGGCUACACCUCUAAAAGGUUGAAUGAUCUUCACAAACAUGUAGUGUUACAUUGCGACCGAACUGUAAAGGGGGCAUUCAAGUGUGUGAAGUGCGACUAUGCUAGUUUCGCGGGCAACGCUUUUGCUAAACACUUGCUCAGCAAAUGUACAUUAAUGAAGCUGCAAGUAGCUCUGUUCCAAAAAGAAGAUGGAGGACAAGAGUACGUUCUUUUGGAAAACAAUGACGGGGAGUCGUCGAAACGGAACAAAUCACAACAGAGCAACAAAAGAAGAGCAAUGGGAGAAUACCAGAGUGAGGCAAAAAGGCCAAACACCUCACAGUUUGUCAAUUAUAAAGACGCUCUUAUUGAAAAGAAGUUAAAUCAAGAAGACCCACUUGGGGCCAAUAAAGUUGUCACAUUUGUAACGUAUCAGGAUGAACAAACGGACCCGUAAAUAUCCGCAAAAAAAUCACAUGGAUUUCCAAAGAUUUGACAAAAAAUCAAAACGAAUGCUUAACGUAGAAUUGAUACUUUAACAAAGAAAUAAACACACUGUACAGUA